GCAGAGGAUGCGUACACCUAGAGACAGACCGUGCAUAGAUGUGAUAUGGGUGGUGUUUUAGAGAGAGAAACGGGUGGUGUUUUAGAGAGAGAAAGUGAAAGUUUGUAGAUGUGGUAUGGGUGGUGAGCCAGAAAGAGAAGAUUAUACUGGAGUCGUUAAUGGCUACCGGACCAAACACACAGAAGGUGGCGAUCUAGAGAGAGAAAAGGAAGAAAACCCAGAAAAAUCCAUGGGGGGUGGUGCCCUAGAGAGAGAAGAAGACAAAGGAGCCGAAAAAACAAUGGUGGGUGGUGUUUUAGAGAGAGAAAAGGAAGCAGACCAAGAAUAUGUCAUGUUGGGUGGUUGUUUAGAGAGAGAAAGGAAAGCAGAGCAAGAAAAAAAAAUGGAGGGUGGCGCUCAAGAGAGAGAAAAUUGUCCAGAAACCAAAUCCAUGGAGUCUUCACCAGCCCAUGAGUUUGAAUUCACCAUCUCCCUGCGCUCGCAGCGAAGCAAAAGCAGCAAAAAGACUACCAGUAACAUAAGCGGUGCGAAUUCUCCUCCUUCACCUCAAGACAUUGCUCCGGCCGAUCGCAUUUUUUACAGAGGCCACAUCCUCCCUCUCCAACUCAUUGAAAACCGGCCUCUUUCUCUCUCUAACAACGCCAUCGUGGACGACAGAGACAGCCUCGAAAACUCUAAUCCAAUCAAUUGGGACCAGAAAAGUUACAGUGAGUAUGAGGACUCGAGACCCAAGUCGAGGGCCUUCUCUUUGUUUGGAGGAAUGGGGAGAAAGAAGUUUAGAGAGAGAGAAGAGGCCCAGAAGAAGAAGAAAAAGAAGGUGGGUUUUAGUGUGAGAGAGAAGAUAGAGAGGUAUGUGAAGAUGGUGAGGCCCCUUUUCGGGAAAGGAGAGAGAAAGUCUGUGUAUGAUGAGAGAGAAAGUUGCAGAAGCUCAUACUCUUAUUCAUUUUCAGGGAAUUUGACUAUGGGGUGUGGAGGAGAGAGAAGAGGAGAGAAAAAGGGAGGUGAGGUUUCCGCCCCAGCUUCUCUGAGGACAACUCCAACUAACAGUGGCCUUCUUUUCCCUUCAUCAAAUGGCAAAGUUCCAAUGAAUUCAUGUUCUUAUUCUUCACAAGAUAGCACCAUGGAAGAGAUUCAGAGCGCCAUACAAGCGGCCAUUGCUCACUGCAAAAAUUCAAUUUCCAUGAAAGAGAACCGCCAUGGAAUCUCAGCUCCUUAAAUUUUCAAAAAAAUAGAGGAAAUUGGUUCCUUUUCCUCUUCUUUUUUUUUUUUUUCUGUUUUUUAUGUAAUUUCGUUUCUUGAGCUCUUGCUGUAUAGAUUAUGUAAUUUUCUUGUUUAGAAUACAAUGAAUUAUUUUCGCUGUUUUUGGGA